UCAAAUACUUUUUAGGAAAGAAUAAUUUGCGUCAUGCUAUUGUGAUUCCUAAUGUUUUUAUGAAAAUAACUAUUUUUUUGUUGCGCUGUUAGUCUGAAAGUAAUAGAGAUUGAAGUUUUUCCGUAUUCUCUCUAAAUUUUUUUAUCUUAUAGUAUAUAUAGAGAAAUACUCAAUACGUUGUAGAGAAUUGAACGAAGAAUCUUUUAAGAAAUAAUAAGUAUAAAUGAUGAAAAAACUAUUAAGGAAAUACUGAGACCGCCCUUUAUUCUACCGCACUCGUUACAAUCACUGAAUUAUUGAAAGAAGAAAAACAAUGAUCAUGGUACUGAUAAAAUUCUAUUAGUCUUUGCUGCUAUUAGUGUAGUUUUCAUCUAAUUGGCAUUGAUAUUUAUGACUUAUUAAUACAAAUUACCAAUACCAUGGUUUGACGUGUGGUUUGCAUGAAUGUAGUAUAUUUCUAAGUACCUAGUCUAGUCUCUCCCAAUAUUUUAAAAUAAAUUGUGCUUUAUCGUAAGAAUAGGGUCAAAUUAUAGAUCAAUUAACUAUGUAAAACAGGCCACUGUUUUGCACUGGCCAAGUAGCUGUAUGUGCUUUCAUGAUCAACUAAACAAAACAUGCCGCACACUUAGGAAAGUCAGAGUGCCUAAUUAACUUCCAUCUCCCUUUUGGUGAAAUGAUAAACGGAAGGAAAACAACAAAAACUAUCACACGUUAAACUUUUUUGCGAAUAAAGAGUAGUUAAAUUUAUGUGUGUGUCUGCUUACCGCAAUAAAAUUUCUCAUGCGACAUUUAUUGUUUACUUUUAUAAUUUUUUCCCGUAUAUUAUUAAUCAUUUUUAUCGCUAAAACAAUGAAAUCAUGUACAAAGUUUAUAUUAUUUCAGACUGCUAAAAUAAUGACUAGCUAGUAUGUUUAAAAGUCUUAUUUAGAUUUCUUUACAAAUGUGGUUGCUUUUAUUGUAUGUACGUUAUUCAUAACUAUAAUUAGUUUUAUUUUAUUCUUCUGUUGGACAAAAGUAAAACUAAUUGUAUUACAAAGCUUAUAACUAACAAAUAAGAUCUAAGUUCUCCUUAUCGAAAAUUUGCCGUACGGAAACUUUUUGAAGUUACUAUGUUAUCUUCCAGUAAGAAAAUUUUGAUUCUCUACACUAACUGUCCUGAAAACAGGAGUUAAACGUGCUUUUUGGAAAAUGCGCUAUAAUAUUUUUUUCUCGACUGCUCAGAAAAAAGGUUUCUUUUCGCAAGGUUUAUUAGGUAUCAUCCUUAAUAUGCGAUGGACAAUCGACGAAUUUGCUUUAGGCAGGGAGAAAGUAUGAAGUACUCGGAAAUUGUUUUUCCUGCCGUACAUUUAUUUUUAUUGAAAACUAUAUGUACUUUUAUAACUUUAUGUUAAGAUACAUUAUUAUUUCAAUGAACGUAAGCACAAAUACCAGAAAACAAAAAUAAUAUUGUGAUAAUAUAAACAAUAUAUUAGACAAGAAAGAACAAAAAUUACAAUCAAGAAAUGUUAGUGAUACAGCAAAUGUUAUGGAUUUUAGUACUGAUGACAAUUAUAUGAAUAUUAGUCAUAGUGAAAAUGAGGUGAACAUCAGUGGUGACGAAGAAAAUCUUAGUGUUGAUAAUACUAACUACGACAUUGAAAGAUUUUUUGGAGCAAGCGAUUUAGAUGACAACAUGAAUGAAGAAGAUGACGAUGAUGAGAGCAACAACGAUGGUGAUAGUGCUGAGGGAGAUGACAAUGAUAUCGAAACAGGAAAUAAAACAUUAUAUCAAGAUAAUCGUUUACAGUCUCUUUUUGGCUAUUGA